CCAAAAAAAAAAAAAAACGAAUACAAAAAGAAUGAAAAAUCUCGCAGGUAUAUCCUAUGGCCUCAACGUUCGCAGCGGCGACGACGGAGGUGAAGGUAGCGGCGAUGAUGAAAAGCAGCAGCAGCACGAAAGUAGGGAGAAUAUGGUGCUGGAGAAGCUGAGGUAUGAUUUAGAAAGAUGGCCGGAAGAUGGCGGUUUCGAGGAAUUUGAAGAUGUGCCCAUUGAAGGGUUUGGCGCCACGGUAUUGGGCGGGUAUGGAUGGCGUGAAGGGAGAGGUAUUGGUAAGAAUGCUAAAGAAGAUGUCAAAGUUAAACAGUAUAGUAGAAGAACUGAUAAGGAAGGUUUAGGUUUUGUUAGUAAGUAGUUUAUAAAUAAUCAGCGUCUAAUUUCUCCCUACAAUAUUAUCACUUUUUGGAUUUGAUUCAAUUUUUAGAUUGUUGUUCCAAUUA